AUGGCUACCCUCCAGGCGCAGGCCGAUGCUGUCCGCAACGCCGUCACAUCGAGUGCCUCAUGCACGCCAGCCACCGUCGUCUCUCUCAAGUCUCUCCUCCUCCCUCACGAUGCCGACUCACGACAGCAAACCGCAAACACCACGACGAAGACUGCACGCGCUGCGCCCUCCUCUCGACCACCCACAGCCGCGUCGUCGCGGCCCGGAACUGCGGCAGCAAAGCGGCGACCAGCCACAGCGCGUGACGAUGCCCGGCAACCCGACGUGCAACCAUGCCUCUCGGCCAAGGAAAAGGCCCAGCUGGCGACACACGUCAUCAAUGCAGCCUUAAAGGCCCUUGCCGAAGCGGCCAAACCGACACCACCAGCGACAUCACAACCAGCACCGCCACAAACACCCUCACGCGCUCAACAUCUCUCGAACGGCGGCGAUGAAGUGCCUCCCAAGUCGACUGCAAGGGGCGGUCUGCGUCGGUCGAUGUCGACGCCCAUGACACCACUUCAGCCACGCACGCUCAACCGCGUCUCGACAUCACCCACAAAGGCGACCGGCAAACCUGCCGCCGCAGCACUCACUGCUGCUCAGAAUGCUCAGUGCUUGGCGACGGUGGAGUGCGCACGUGUCGCGUUUUCGACUCUCAGAACAUUACAAGAGACAAAAGCCGUCGCGCUCCCAGACUUUCAGCUAGAGGCGGGCAUGUCCUCAUUUGUGGCCAAGCUGCUCGGCUUGAACAUGCUCGAUCAAGCCUGCCGCGAGUUGCGUGUUCUCAAGAAGCGUCUACAGGGUACACUGUCCACGACAGCCACGGAAACCAUUUCCGCUGCGGCUACCGCGCCGGCAAGGCCUACAAAGGCUUUGAAGCCAACGGCCAAGACGACAAAGUCAUCUGCACAGCAGGCUGCGGCACCAGCGGCACCACCGCCGUCGACAACAUCGUUGGCCGCCGACAUCCUCGAUUACGGAGACGUGUCUGCCUUAUCUAUCCCAACGAUCAAGCUUAUUGUGGCGUCCCAACUCCAGGCUUUACGAAUCCUGGCUUCCCUCAAGAAGCCCGCACACAUCGACUCCGCGUUGCCGUUUCUUCGGCGUGGCUGCAAAUCGUCGCCCCUCCAACUCGUCUCUAUGUGCAUUACGGCCACCGCCGCGAACCCUGCAGAACUCCAAAAAAUGCUGCGGCAAAUGGAAACCCUCUCUCAGCUUCUCCUGGCUCUGGCGCCCAGCAUAUCCGGCAAGGACGAUGCGACCGCAAUCGAGCCGAAGCUCAGCGUGGCACCCCUUGCCGCAUUGGAGUUGCAGACCCUCAGCCUCGAGACCAGACUGCGGUGCUGGACGAUGGCCAAGCAGGGCUCCGCCGACGCCGACAAAGACAUUUUGAUGCCGCUUUCCCGAUGCCUUUCGACAUAUGCUCGACGAAGCCGAGCUUCUGGGAAGGCACCAUCGUACUCGUUUUGCCGUGCUCGCUUCGACAACAUUCUCGAGCUGAUCCAAGGAGGACAGUUUGCUGUGUCACGGACCUCCAAAGCGCCGUUGGCGAGCGUCUUUCAAAACCUCUGUGCGGUGGCUCGGGAAGCUGGCCACAUUGACGAUGCCAUCCACUGGGCAUCUGAGCUGUUUGGUCUCGUGAACCCCAGCGACGACUCUGCCGCAAAAUGCUGCUCGACCUCUGCUCAGCUUUUGGCGCUCCAGCUCAAGAACACCGCCAAGACAUAUGCACAGGAUAGCCAGACACUGCUCGCUGGUGUUUUGGAGGCAAUCAAAGGAUCCGUCAAAGGCGACACAGCAGAACUGGAGGAGCUGCUUGCUAACGUGUGCCUGGUUCGCAAGUCCGCGGUCAAUGUCUUGAUGAACCAAACUCAGAAAAACACAAAUACGAAUUCGAAUGCAAAUUCGAAUCCCAGUACCAUCGCACAGUCGUUCAAGCUUCUCCUCGAAUCAUUCGUCUAUCAAUGUCCUCGUUUCUGCCUCCGAUGGCUCGGAAAACCACCCGCCGCCAAAAGCAGCACCAAAGAUUUUCUCCGCUACGAGCAGCGGCGCCAGCUACUCACGCAAUCCAUCCGCCACACGCUUGACUCGGCUUUCGUCGUGACAAAGACCAUGAUCGAGGAGGGUCGCAUGGUCUGGGAGCAGCUGGACUCGGUUCUCAGCGACUCGUUGACUGUUUUGGAGUACCUCGGUGACUUGAAGUCUGUCGACUCCUCUUCGUCGUACUAUGUCAAAAUAUCCCACUUCUACUACCUCAGCUACAAUGUCCUACGGCGGAAAGAAGGCGACCAUGGUGACCGCGAUGCCCUGAAAGCACUACGGCGCGCAAUCGACUGCAUCAAGAACCGGCCCGGCCCCGAGAGAGAAAAGGCGCAGCUCAUCCUCAAGCUGGAGCGCAUGGCAGAGCUGGCUCGUGCCACUGGUCAGAUCGGAGAUGCCCUGGGAGCAUUGCAGUCGAUCCGUUCGAGUCUGGUCGACGAUGGUGCGCUGAACACGGUGACUGCGGCACUCGGAAAGCUUCCUCCAAGCCUUGCAUGGACGUCGACCGACCAAGCAGAUGCUCUGUCACGCACGCUGGUCUCUAUUCACCGACUUGAAGAGGUCCACAUGGACUGGUCGGUUGGCCUCGAGGAUCUUGAGCAUGCGGCGGUUCUCGAGCACCAGCUUUAUUUUAUCCAUCUCGGUCACGGAAGUGGUAGCUCGAGCUCAAAGUCUACCCAACCGCGUGACGGGCUUGACCUGUCGCAUCCUUGCGUUGAGGCGCUCCUUCGUAUCUACUACCCGACGCAAUUCCCGGUUCGACGGCUGCGUACUCUUCUCCGUCUCUUCUCCGCUAGCAUCGACAAGCCGGACAUUCUUGCUGAAAUUGCACCACAAACAAAAGCCGCGCUGGGCCUCAUUGAGAGUCAAGGGCUUGCUGAUGAUGCUUCUCUUGCUGGCUACGUGCCUCACUACAAGUCUUUGGCCACUUCUCUGGCAGGCUUUUCCGAGGGAUUCCCAGACAUGCAUGCCUUCUACGGCUCCCUGUCGGCCUGGAAGUCCGUUCUCGAGGCAAACCCGACGCUUGCAGAGUUGGAACUUGCCAUUGACGACAUCUCCGAAUUUCAAACGCACCUCACUUCUGUCGCUGAAUUCAUGCGGGCAAUGGGACGCGACGCUGCCAUUACACGUGUCCUGGAGCUCUCUCAGUGCCUGUCGAACAUUGUCGCUGGCUCUGGCGACAGUCGGAUCUACUCCUUGCAGCCUGCGCAACACUCUGCACUCGCCCUGUCUUCGCAUUACCUCCGUAUGGGCGACUAUGCAAAGGCAGAGACGACUCUGGAGGCGAUCCGCAGUCACCUUGAUGGUUCCAAGACAGCUCCCAUGGCAGCCACAAUCAGUUUUCAUCUCUCCCGCGCCGAGUACCUUAUUGCGGUGGGCCGGUUCGACGAAGCAAGCCAGCAGCUGCUUGAGGCAAAGCCUGUCAGCUCCGACGGGGCUUCCCAGGCUCAAAACCAAUUCAAGAUGACCGGAUCUCAUAAAAGGAGGCUUGGUGCCCACGCUUGCUUUCUCCAGUCACUUGUCGCCCUUGAAAAGGGCGACCACUCGGUGGCUCUUCAAAAUGCGAGAAACGGCGUCCGAAUGCUGUUCCAGGAUUGGAGCCGAAUGGAAAAGACAAUGGAGCGACCACCUCUUUCCGCCGAUAGCUCGCUGAGUGGCGAGGAUGAGAGUAGUGCUGGUAUUUCGGCAUUGUCGUCCGCAUCAGAGGGGUCACUCAAUCCCAGCCCAUCUCUCCGAGGAUCGUCGGACCAGGAGCAGGCAUCUCCGGCCACUACGCCCGACUCAUCAAUGGUCUUGUCGACAGCAUCAGCAUCGGUUGCUUCUCCCGAGUUCUGGGCGCUGUUCCACCCUCUCUUCGACAGCAUGCUUCGUCUGUCUUCGAUAUACGCCCACCUCGGAAUGGCCCAGGAGACCAUGUACUACGCCGAACAAGCACAAAAGGUCGCUACCGUUACCAAUGCGUCCCUGUCGCUCGCCCAAGCCGAAUCCUGGAUGGCGACGGUCUGCCUCAAAGCCGGCCAACUCGACAAAGCAGCCACGUUCAUCGCCCAGUCUCGGUCCCGACUGGCUAACAUGGACGCGACCAACCGAAAGGCGUCACUUGCUUGCGACCUUGCUGGCCUCUACCGAGAGAUGAACGACGAGAAGAACGAGCAAGAAAUGAUGCAGGAGGCUGAACUAAUUGUGCAGCGCGUCUGUGAACUUCCGGGUACCGUGAAGACACCGGAAACCGACCCAAACCCGACGUCGACCGAGGUUACGAAUACGAGAACGACGUCGGGGCGACGGACAAAGGCAGCGGCAGCGGCGGUGGCUGCACCGGCAAACUCUACGGCACGAAUGCCGAGCACCCGCAAGACGGCUGCCGCAGCCAAAACGGCAAAGAAGACCGCCGCGGCGGCUCAGAGCACGGCUGCCGUCGAAACCUCUUCACAAACUGCCGUGGCUGAUGCAUUGGCAGAAAACCCAGCUGCCCUUGGACUCCGCACUACCCUCUUCAUGCAAAAGACCAUGUCCCACUUGAGCAAGAAGGAUUGGACCGCGGCUCUGGCCAUUUUGAGGGCCAGCGCCAGCGACGCAACUGGGACUACCUCGCCAAAGAGCCAGUCCGGCAUCCUGGCAGGACACAUUGCGCUUGCUGCUUGCUUGUUGGGUCACAGUACAGAACAAAUGGCCCGUGAUGCGGUAUUCUCCGUUAUCCAGGACUCGACGCUUUCGUUCCCUGCGGUUAGCAGCGGUGUUAUCGCAGCGGGCGGCGAUGGAGACCGCGUCUCUCUAUCAAAGUCGCCAGUGGCUGUCAAAGUGAAAGGAAUGGCUUCUGCUCUGGGGAAACCGACCAAGAACACGGUUGGCUUUGUGGAGAUGCUGCAAGAAGCCCAAAACUGCCUCAUUGAAGCCCAGGCCAUUGCUACUGUUACCGGUGACUCCGUGACCCUCAACCGGAUCUCGAGCAUGCUCCAGAGCGCCGUGAUUGUUCUUUCGGCGACGUCCUGGAGCAAACCGCGUGCUCUGGGUCACCCUGGCUACGCCAGCUGCUCUGUCGAGCUGGCGCGUAACAUGACAUGGAAGCGGGAACGGCGGGCUGUUCUUGUUGAGAAGGCUAUGCUGACGAAACAGGAGAUUUCGGGUGAGGCAUCUUGGUGGCCCGCAGUGGCACCGACGUCGGCAACCGCCGUGACAGCCGUCUCACCUACCGGCAGCUUGAGUGGUGGCACACCGAGGCGUCCUAGCUUUACGGCCGGUGUGUCCAAGAUUACCGAUAUCCACAUCAGCCGGUUCCAGCGCGACUACAUUGACAUUAUCCCCAAAGACUGGAGCGUGGUUUCCAUGGCGCUCAGCGAGAACAAGCACGACCUGUGCAUUACGAAGCUCCAAGCUGGCCAGAGCCCCUUUGUCAUCCGCCUCCCCCUGGAGCGCGCAAUUUCACGCGACGCCGACAACGAAGUGUUCAACUACCAGCAGGGCCGGGCCGAGCUUCUUGAGAUUGUGAAGUCCAUCAACGACAGCUGCCACGGGGCCCGCGACAUGACUGUCAAGGGGGCCAAGUCGUGCUGGUGGACAGAGCGUGAAGGCCUCGACAACCGCCUGAAGGAGCUUCUCGACAACGUGGAGCAGAUUUGGCUCGGUGGAUUCCGCGGCAUCUUCUCUCAGCACGUGCGGCGGCCAACUCUGUUUGCACGGUUCCAAAAGACGUUCCAAGGCAUCCUCGACAAGCACCUGCCAUCCCGCCGGUCUCCCGCGCGUGGCAAGAAGCGGACUGGCAAGACAGCGGCGUCUUCGUCUGCGGCUGCGUCAUCGACACGGGUGGCUCUAGAUCCCCGUGUUCUGGACCUCUUCAUCGGCCUUGGCGACGCAACGACGGAGGGCUGUGAUUUCGACGAUGUUCUUGACGACCUGCUGUACUUUGUGGUGGACAUUCUACAAUUCCAUGGCGAGCACAAUGCCUACGACGAGAUUGACUUCGACUCCAUGGUGGUGGAGACCUUUGACGCGCUCUUUGCUUACCACUCCGCCAUUCACGACGGUCAGGCUCGGAGCUCGGCGACGGCGGCCGGCGAACCGAGCGAUCACCUCCAUAGCAUUCUCGUGCUCGACAAGUCACUCCACGUCUUCCCAUGGGAGUCGCUUCCGUGCAUGAAGGAGCUGGCCGUGUCGCGCGUGCCAUCUCUCGCCUGUCUUCGACGCCUGAUCCUUGAGCAGCAACAGCAAAAUCCCACAGACGCGGACGAGCUUAGAGAGCCACCGGAAGCCAAUCGUCCCAGCGGACACCGCGCAUCGCUUGCGUCGGGCGCCUACAUGCUCAACCCAUCGGGCGACCUGCCGUCGACAGAGGCCACGUUCGACGGCCCGCUGACGUUGAACGUCCGUGGCGCGUCCUGGAGCCGCAUUGUGGGGCGCACACCGACGGAAGACGAGUUCGAGGCAAUCCUCCGCGACAAGGACGUAUUGCUGUACUUUGGCCACGGCAGCGGCGCGCAGUACAUCCGCGGCCGGACAGUGCGGAAGAUGGAACGGUGCCGCGCGACGACUCUUCUGAUGGGGUGCAGCUCAGCGGGGCUCAACUACAACGGGGAGUUUGAGCUGCACGGCCCCGUCUGGGACUACAUGCUGGCCGGGUGCCCUGCCGUGGUGGGCACGCUGUGGGACGUGACCGACAAGGACAUUGACCGUUUCGCUGGGCAGGCGUUUGAGGCGUGGGGCCUCGUGCCCCAAGGCACCUUUGAGGAAAAGGACAAGGCGGGAAAGCGGACUGGGCCCUCGACCUCGACCAAAAAACGCAACGCGAGCCCGUCGUCGCGCGCUGCGACGGCAUCGUUGGUGGAAGCGAUUGUGUACGCACGCGACGCGCCUCGAUUCCGGUAUUUGACCUCGGCGGCCGUGUGCGUGUAUGGCAUUCCGGUGUACCUGCAAUGA